GACACGCUGAACGCGCACAGCGGGCGGCAGUACUACCGCGAGUGCCGCGUGGACGGCGCGCUCGACUUCAUCUUCGGGCGCGACGCGUCCGCCGUGUUCGACAAGUGCCGCAUCGACGUGCGCAAGUGGACGGGCGUGGCGGGCUUCCUGGGGCGCAGCAUCAUCACGGCCAACGGGCGCACGACGCGCAAUGGCGGCGGCGGGUUCGUGUUCGUGGACUGCGCCAUCAACGCGCGCGACCCUGGCGCUAGGGCCGUGCUGGGGCGGCCGUGGAAGGCGUACGCGCGCGUGGUGUUCAUCAACACGUACAUGAGCAAUGUGAGCCACGCGCCGCUGCGCUGCCAGGUGAUAGACCCGGUGGGGUGGGCGCAGUGGAAUGGCGUGAACUUCCGCGCCAAGCCGUUUCUGGCGGAGACAGGCAGCUAUGGGCCGGGCGCGCGCAGGGCGUACGCGGACUGGGUGCACCCGGGCAAGCUGGCCGCACGGCACGCAGGGCCGUUCCUGCCGGACCCAUUCAUCCAGGCACGCACUUGGGUGGGCGGCACGCCACUGCACGUGCCGUACCCCUGA